UUUUGAUAAAAGCUUUCAAAGUAUUAAGACGUUUUUAAAAAUUUUGUCUGUUUCAUUUCGUGAUUUAAAUUAAUUUUCAAGUGAGGAAUUAAAAUUAUUCAGCAUGGCUUUAUGGAUGAAGAAACGUAUGGUAGAAAGUCAACGACGAAAUGGCUUGUAUGACAGCAACGAAUGUGGAUUUGACACGAAUAAUUAUGCACCAGAAAUGAAUUGUGUGAAACCAGUUGAACCUCAAUUUAAUUACAAUUUCCAAAGUUGGUCCCCAACGACAUCGUCGAAUUAUACAUCAAUGCCAGAGAUAAAUGAUCAGCAGUGCCAACAACAAUCAACUUAUCUGGAGCAAGUCCAAGACUCAAUAGAGGCGAAAAAAGAGUUUAAGCAUCAGCCAAAUGUGCCACAAUCCAAUCUAAUAAGUUCCAAUGCUCAGGGAUGGACUGUUGUGGAUGAGAAUAAAAAUAUCUCAGUCGCAGCUGAUCGAGGAGACUCGAAUGUUAUGACUUUACCACCAGGCGCCUAUUAUGAUGAGCCAAUUUACAUUGACCCAAUGACCUAUCAACAGCAGCAUCAGCAACAGCAACAGCAAGCUAAUUCAAUUAAUGUUGCAUCUAAUGCCGCCACUCAAAUGGAUUUCCGACAAAACUUGGCACAAUCAUAUCGAUGCGCAAAUGCUGACUGUACGAAUUGUAGGAACAGCAUGGGAAAAUCAUAAACUGCUUCUCACAUCUUCAUCUUAAUUUUUGUGUAAGUGAGCUUAAAAAUUCUAUAAUAAAAAAAUUUCAUUUUGUCAUAA